UCUCUCCCCCCCUUGUCUAAGCACUCUGGAAAAAUAAAAAGUGUCAGCGCUUGGUGAAAGGGGAGGGGGGGAAUCAUCCUUCUCUCCCGAAGUUCAAGAAAAGAUCUGGAAGCGGUGGAAAGGGGGGAAAAGCCACCCAAAGACAGUUCUCUGGCGAAAAGAAAACCCCCUCGGCUUUGAUGAUGCCUUUUUAAUUGAAGGAAGAACCUCAUCUGGAGUGCGCCAAGCGGGGGGCAGAAAGAGUUUCUCUUUCUCUCUGCUUCCUUAGUUCUUUAUUAUUAUUUUAUUUUUUUUUUAAAAAAGAAGAAAUCCGUCAAGAAGAAAACAGAAGAAGAGGAGGACGAAGCAGAAGAUCGCUCCCCCCCUCCUUCAACCUGAUCCCCCCCCACCCAAGUCCAGCUCUCCGGGCGAUGACCGUGUAAAUGCCAGGGCAAUGUCCCGUCGCAAGCAGGGGAAUCCGCAGCACUUAUCACAAAGGGAAAUUAUCACGCCAGAGGCUGACCAUGUGGAAACGGCCAUCGUCCAUGAGGAGGAGAGCCUAGCAAUAGGAGAGCCAGUUGGGCUUAGCCUUGCAACGGGUGGAGCAGACCCUGACCUACUAACUUGUGGACAGUGUCAGAUGAACUUCCCCCUGGGAGACAUCUUGGUUUUUAUAGAGCACAAGAAGAAACAGUGUAAUGGCGCUGGCAGUGCCUGCUAUGAAAAGAAUCUGGAUAAGAGCAGCCCUCCCCCUUCGUCACGCUCCGAGCUCAGGAAAGUGUCAGAGCCAGUGGAAAUCGGGAUCCAAGUCACACCCGAUGAAGAAGAUCGUCUUCUCACGCCUACAAAAGGAAUUUGCCCCAAGCAGGAGAACAUUGCAGGGCCGUCCAGGCCUGCAAAGCUGCCGGCGGCCUCCAUAACUGCCUCUUCCCACCCUCACAUAUCAGUGACUGCACCGCCACCUCUCCGUGCUCUGACCUCAGUCCCGCCCUGCCUGAGCCUGCCCUGCUGUGGUGUGUGCGCAGUCUCAGUUGGUGGGUCUCAGAGUGAGACGCCAGACACAUUUGGAUGUCAUUGUCAGUUGUCAGAACCCUCAUAUUGCUGGACAGCCUUGGAUGCUUCUGAUAAACCAUUUCCAUUUAAAAAGUGGACACAGAAAAGUAAAGAUGAGCCUUCAAGCUAUAUUUGCACAACAUGCAAGCACCCUUUCAAUAGCGCUUGGUUCUUGCUUCAGCAUGCCCAGAACACACAUGGAUUCCGCAUCUACCUGGAAACAAGCCCUUCAAACAGUUCCCUUACUCCACGCAUCACCAUCCCUCCUCCUCUGGGACCUGAGACUGUUGCACAGUCCCCACUGAUGAAUUUCCUUGGCGACAACAACCCUUUUAGUCUCUUACGCAUGACAGGUCCCAUUUUGCGUGAUCACCCUGGCUUUGGUGAAGGUCGACUCCCCAACACACCUCCCCUCUUCAGCCCACCACCUCGUCAUCAUCUGGAUCCACAUCGCCUUAGUGCCGAAGAAAUGGGGUUAGUUGCCCAGCAUCCCAGUGCCUUUGACAGAGUCAUGCGUUUAAACCCCAUGGCAAUUGAGUCGCCAGCGAUGGAUUUUUCCAGAAGGCUCCGAGAGCUGGCAGGGAACAACUCCACCCCUCCACCAGUUUCUCCCAAUCGCAACAACCCUAUGCAUCGCUUGUUGAAUCCUUUCCAGCCAAGCCCUAAGUCUCCUUUUCUGAGCACUCCGCCAUUGCCGCCGAUGCCCCCGAGCAGCACUACACCUCCGCAGCCUCAGGCUAAAAGUAAGUCCUGUGAAUUUUGUGGGAAAACUUUCAAGUUCCAGAGCAAUCUUAUCGUCCACCGCCGCAGCCACACAGGAGAGAAGCCCUAUAAAUGUCAGCUCUGUGACCACGCUUGUUCCCAAGCCAGCAAACUAAAACGCCAUAUGAAAACACAUAUGCACAAGGCUGGGUCCAUGACAGGGAGGUCAGACGACGGUCUGUCUGCUACCAGCUCCCCUGAGCCUGGCACAAGUGAACUCACUGGAGAAGGACUAAAGUCUAGUGAGGCUGAUUUCAGGAAUGAGAGUGAUCCUUCUCUAGGCCAUGACAAUGAAGAAGAGGAAGAAGAGGAGGAGGAGGAGGAGGAGCUGGAGAACGAGAGUAGACCCGAGUCAAGCUUUAGCAUGGACUCAGAGCUAAGUCGUAAUCGAGAGAAUGGUUCCAAAUCACUGCCAGAUGAAAAAUCCCUCGUACUAGGAAAAGUGAUAGAGAAUGUAAGCCUUGGUACUAUCCAGCAAUACAAUGACAUGCUGGCUGAGAAGCAGAAAAGGGGUGGCUUCAUGAAAAGGUCUUCGGAUCAGCGGGAUCUCUGUCCGCGAGACCUCUGUCAAAGAGACACAGGUGAUGAAGACUCCGUAGCUGGAGAACUUGACCGCACCGAGGAAGGGGCAGUCAACGGAAGAAACUUUGGUCCAGGUGAGCCCUUCCCCGGCCUAUUUCCUCGCAAGCCUACCCCCAUUACGAGCCCCAGUUUAAACAACUCCUCAAAAAGAAUAAAGAUAGAAAAAGAUUUGGACUUGCCACCAGCAACAAUAAUACCUUCUGAAAAUGUUUACUCCCAGUGGCUGGUAGGAUAUGCAGCAUCAAGGCACUUCAUGAAGGAUCCAUUUCUAGGAUUCACAGAUUCCCGACAAUCCCCGUUUGCAACAUCUUCUGAGCAUUCCUCAGAAAAUGGAAGCCUGCGUUUCUCCACUCCACCAGGUGAUAUGCUGGAUGGUGGUCUCUCAGGGCGCAGUGGGACGGCAAGUGGCGGCAGCACGCCCCAUAUCAGUGGACCUGGCCCCGGUCGACCCAGUUCAAAGGAAGGACGGCGGAGCGACACAUGCGAGUAUUGUGGCAAGGUCUUUAAGAACUGCAGUAACUUAACGGUGCAUCGUCGGAGCCACACAGGAGAGCGGCCUUACAAAUGUGAGCUCUGCAACUAUGCAUGUGCCCAGAGCAGUAAGCUGACACGUCAUAUGAAAACACAUGGCCAGAUAGGGAAGGAGGUCUACCGCUGCGACAUUUGCCAGAUGCCCUUCAGUGUUUACAGCACCCUGGAGAAACACAUGAAAAAGUGGCAUGGCGAACAUUUGCUGACAAAUGAUGUCAAAAUUGAGCAGGCAGAAAGAAGCUAAGGCCCCCCCGCUGGGUUAAAAUCAGGGGUCUAGGACAACGCUGCUUAGGAAAUGGAAUGGAAAUGAUUUACUGCUGAAUUAAAACUCAAAUGACACAAAUUGCAAGUUGUUAUCAUUGAAUGAAAAAAAUUCAGGAACAACGGCUAAUUUUUUUAAAAGUUAAAUUUUGUGCACUCUGUCUUAAAAUACGUUUACAGUAUUGAAUACAUACAAGGGUAAAAAAAAUUGUGUGUAUGUGUGUUUGAGCAAUCUCUCUCUCUCUCUCUUUCUCUCUCUCUUUUUUUUUCAAAGUUUGCUUAAUAGGUUAUUAAAAUGCCACAAUGGCCAUGUGUAUAUUGUUUUCUUUUGGUGACGGGGUUUUAGUAUAUAUUAUAUAUAUUAAAAUUUCUUGAUUACUGUAAAAGUGGACCAGUAUUUGUAAUAAUGGAGAAUGCCUGGGCAUUUUACAAAACCAGAAAGAAAAAAAAAACUUUUCUCUUUUUUCCUUGGAAAUGUUGCAGUAAAAUUUAAAUGGUGGGUCUAUAAAUUUGUUCUUGUCACUGUAACUGUAAAGUCUGAGUUUUAGUAAAUUUUUUUCUGCCUUGGGUGUUGAAUUUUUAUUUCAAGAAAAAUGUAUAGAAACUUGUAUUUGGGGAUUAAAAGGUGACUGCUACACCAUGUAGAAAAAGUAUGUAGAAAAAAUGCUUAAUAUUGUUAUUGCUUUGCAGAUUAAAAAAAAAUCACAUUUCUGACCUGUACUUAUUUUUAUCUCCUCCCCCCCACCCCCCUCUUCUGGAAUGGAUAUUGAUAUUGGUUGAUUCAUAUAAUGUAGGCACUUGCUGUAUUUUUACUGGAACUUGUAAUUUUUUAACUGUACGCUUGUCCUUUUAAAGGGAUUUAAUGUACCUUUUUGUUAGUGAAUUUGGAAAUAAAAACAAAAACAAACAAACAGGCUGCCAUAAUAUAUUUUCUUUUAAUUUGGCAGGAUAAAAUAGUGCAAAAAAUUAAUUUGUAUGUCAAGACCUUAUUGUAUAGAACAAGGAAAAAUAAAAGGGUUGUUUGACGACCUGUGGGUAAAAGAAUCAAAACAAUUAUUAUUUUUAAUUAUUAUUUGGAGGGGCGCUGGGUGGGUGUCAGCUUUUGUUUUGUUUUCUGUUAACAUUUUUGGUUGUGUGUAUGUAUAUAAAUACAGAUAUUAAUUUCUUUUCUGUCAGAAAUGGCCUACAAAAAAGUGCUGUUCCUACAGGGCAGUAAUAACUUUGAAACUGCCUGGACCCCUUGUAUCAAGGCCUUCCCAGGUAUAGUUGAACGAUAAUGGAUGGAUGUUGCCCGUUGUUGUUAAAAGAAAUUCAAUUUUUGUGAAGAUGUUUGACGUAACAUUCCGCAGAUCACCCUCUCCCCCUUUUAAACAGAGGUGGCUUUUCCUGGAAAAAUAUAAGUGCCCUCCCCAGUCCAUAAGAAAACUGCAAAUUUGUGCUUUAGAUACUAAGUAAUCCUGGCUUAGACAGCACUGACUCCUACUGUGGGGUGACAAGGCCUGUCUACCCCCUUACACCAUCAUUGGCACUGUUGAUUGUCACUGUGUCAACCAUUUGUUAGAUCUGGACCUCAGCCAAUCUGAUCCUACAAGGUUUUCUGCUCCAUAUAGCACCCCUUUGCUUGAGUGCCGCCUGAUCCAGAGCCCAUACUGCAUCAGUGCACCUCUCCAUUGUUUUUCCAUUUUCUUCUCAGCUUUCAGAUAAAGCUGAUGGAAAAGGGGAAAGACAAGAAAGAGUGAUGUUCUAUCGUUACAACUGUGAAUUGGAUAGGAGUAAAGAAUUGAUCCAGGCACAUCCACAUUUUCCCCCUUCUCCCUAUCAGAAAGGGACCAUGUACAGGUUUUGCCAGUCUGUGUUCUUUUGUCUGCUUUGCUGCUGUUGACUCUUAAAUGUACAUUCCAUAAAUUUCUGAACUAUUUGAAGGACUGGGAUGAAAUUCUGUGCCUUUUUAUGUUAACUAAACCCCACCCAACUGUUCCGUUUCAUUUUUGGGUGGGGCAAGGCAGGGAAAAAUUACUGAAGCCAUGCUGAAAUGCUAGUACUAAUUAUAAAGAAGGGGCUUGAAGCAUUGUGAGGACUUAUUAACAAUGUGUGAAGAAAUGACUGUGAAAAGCAGGAGUGGGCUAGGUCUAGAAUGGGUCAUCUCUGGGUAGAAGAGCUCUUUCUGUGCAUCGCUGGCUUCUCAUCCAGUAGAAGAAUCCCACUGGUAAAAAAGGGGGUGGAUCUUGGUUGAUCCUAUCUUUUCAUGUGUUACCCUAUGCCCCUAACAUUGCCUUCUCAAUAAGAACAAUAAUCUUAUAACUGCAGAGCUGGAAGGGACCCUACGGAUAUGGUUAGAAGAACAGCAGGAGAGGUUAUAUUGAGGGGGUGGAAUUGAUGCCUCUCUUCCUUUCUAGCAACUGGCAUGUUCUGAGUGGGAUUCUACUUGGAAAAUGCACUUGUCAAAAAGGGAAUUGGAUCCAGCCCAUUCUGUCAAGUUAUGCAGCCAUCACAAUGUCAGGGCUAUAUUUCAUGCAUUAGAAUAGUCAUUACUCAUUCCACAUCUUGAAAACUAAGGGUAAGGAUAUGUUUUUUAAAAAAUACCACUGUGGAACAGUCCACCAGGAUAUGAUUCUCUUGAACUCUAGAAAUGGGCUUCUAGAAGGCAUAUUCGAUGUGUUCUGCAAACUCUUCUUUCCAUACAUACGAUGAAGAAAAUCUAGGGAAUUAAAUGGAUAGUUAUUAAAAAAAAUGAGCAUAGUAUUUAAAUCUCUAGAUAUCUGCUUUACCCCGGUUCCACAAUGAAGUGAAUUCAUUGUCACUGUGAACAUCACACAGUCCUUUUCACUCUGGAUGAACUAGGAUCAGAACCACCACCAGCUGUCUUACCGUGUGACUUGAAUUGUGGAGAGCCCAAGUCACUUUAAAGCACAAACACUGUGUUCAGUGAAACCACAAUGACCUUGCUCCUUCCUUCCUAUUUUUAGGAAUUCUGCUUUAAAAAGCCAUAAGCACAACAUGGCAGACAUAUCAUAAUUAUCUCUGCUGUCAUAGGAUGGGUACACUGCUGAUAUCAGCAAAAUUAACUGUGUUAAAUUAAAAUUAUUCAAUAUGACAUAGUCCUGCUUCCAGUUAAAAUGGAUGCAUGGAGCAUUUCUGGUGAGAUAGUAUGAUUUUUAAUUUGUGGUAGGACGUGAUAUUAAAAACAUAGUUGUGCACUUCCAGUAUAGUUCAGCAUUUCAUCCUAGUCCUGAUCAAGAUUUUGUUUUUCAUGGGCAAACUCAUUUUAUGGUGCUCUUUGUAUUUUAGAACUGCAAAGCAAAGUAACUUUGAUUUCCGUUGUUUGCAUUUGUACCAGCAAGGCAAACUAUUUUUAUUACCUUUUUCUAUUAUUGUAUGAGCUUUGGUUGUUUACUUGGAGGUUUUGUCUUUUACAACAAGUUUUGAACUAUUUAUUAUUGCUUGGUAUUUCUGCUCCAUUUUAAAAAAAUGGAAGCACUUUUUUUUAUUAUUAUGGAUAAAAAUAUUGAGAUGGCGGGAAGUCAUUUCAGUAUCACUUAGUGAAAUAUUUAUUGUUCCUUUUAUUCUCUGUACAAGAAUUUUGGCCUCUUCUCCCCUGACUGUCACAUUGUUGAGUUCAGCAUGUGUCUACCAUUUCAUUUGUACGCUCGUUCAAAACAACGUUUGUUCCAGUUUCAAGUUAUUAAAAAAAUAAAUUGGACAUUUGACUUGAUCUCCAAA